AUGGAGGUUCCGAUGAUUAAUAUAAUCAGAGAUUUCGAAGUUGGUAUAAACUCAAUAAACGACCCUUCGUUUCUCUCUCGAUCCGUCGCUGUUUCCGGCAUCGGAAAGCUGCACCAAGCUUACGGAUUCUGGAAAUGGGGAGCUUUGAUCAUAGCUUUCUUAGCUUAUUUCACGAAUUUCGUAACUAGGAUUAAGAGUUUAGUUGUUAGAUUAAGAAAAAUUGACGUCUCGAUUUCUUCACCGACUCUUUUCGAUGAUUACGAUUCCGAUUCCGAUGUUUCGUGUUCGUCGGCAGCUUCUUCAGACGACGAGGAUGACGAAGAAGAAGAUGAAGAGGAAGAUGAGGAAGACGUUGACUCGAUCUAUGAUCGGAGACGGGUCAACGGAGGCUUCCGCGUGAAAGGAUCUGAUUAUUAUUUUAACGGUGAAGGGCAAAUUGGGAAUUUCGCAAGUUUCAGUGGCAGUUUCGGAGAUUUGUUCUCGUGGCCGGAUCUCGCCGGGAUCGGAUCGAGCGGAGUCGUGAAGCUUUGGGAUCAUUUAGAUAUCGACGGAGACGACGACGGCGGUGAGUAUGACGAUGGUCAACGGAAUGUGGUGGCGUCGUUUCUCACUUCACCGUCGUCGUUUUUUCUGACGGCGGAGAAGAAAGGUUACGACGGCGUUAAAGUGGCGGCGUGCGAUCCACGCGCGGGUUUUCGAAUGCCGGCGUUGCUGGCGGAGUGGAGGCAGCCGGGGAAGUUUCUCGGGAAUAUAAUCGGAGUCGACGUCGGAGGAGUGGAGAAGAUCUACGUCAGGGAUGACGUCAACGGAAAAAUCGCCGUGGGAGAUUUGAGGAGGUUUAACGGUGCGUUGACGGACUUGACGGAGUCCGACGGUGAGACUUGGUGGGACGCUGACGUCGUUAUCACGGCGGACGGUUCCGUUGACGAGAUGCAUUAA